CCUCCCCCCCCCUUCCUCUCAUCUGGUCGCUAGGGGUGGGAGAAGGCAGGACGGGGAGAUAGCGAGAAGGGCAGUAAAUCUAUGGUUGGCGCAUAUACAGACGGGUACAUACAUCUCGAGAUUCGCGAUGGCUUCUAUGGUGGUGCGUCUGUACCAUCGUCGUACCAAGUGACAUUCUCAUAUGAGGAUUGAACCUAGAAGGCGGAGCCAUCAUCAAAUGUAGUACUCCAGCGAUAAUGAGAAACCCCUACACCCUCACCCGAUUCGUUGCUAUCCACCACUACUACCACUACUACCAAGCAAAGCCUUUGCUCGGCAUGCCUGAGUGGUCGGGAAACCCGCUGCAGAUCCGAGUCGGAACCAACCCGCCCAAGCGAGUCGCUUCAAAGUAGUCCAAGAAACCAAACAGACCAGGAGCCUAUAGGUCUAACACACCACCCAACUCAUCCGAAUCGAAUCAUGUCACCUCCGCAUGCCCUACCCCCCGAUUACCUUGAGAGAGUCUACGCCGGCGUCCUCGGGAAGCUCAUCGGCGUGUAUCUCGGCCGGCCGAUUGAAGGCUGGACUCACGAGCGAAUCCUCGCGGAACUCGGCCCCGUGCGGUACUACGUCAAUGAGCGGGUCGGCCGCGGCGAUCUACCCCUUGUCGUGACCGACGACGACGUCUCUGGAACCUUCGCUUUCGUGCGCGCGCUCGAAGAGCACCUGCCACCCCCUUCCUCUUCCUCCCCCCCUCAUCCCUCCCCCGGUGCCCCCGCCCCCGUUACCGCUGAGCAGAUCGGCAAGACGUGGCUUAACGCGGUCGUGCCGCGCCGCGCCGUGUUCUGGUGGGGCGGCCGCGGCGUGUCGACCGAGCAGACGGCGUUCCUCAACCUACGGCGAGGCGUGCGCGCCCCGCGCAGCGGCUCCGCCGCGCUCAACGGCCGCACCAUCUCCGAGCAGAUCGGCGGCCAGAUCUUCGCCGACGCGUGGGCGCUCGCCGCCCCGGGCAACCCGGCGCUUGCGGCCGAGCUCGCAGCCGCCGGCGCCUCCGUCAGCCAUGAUGGCGAGGCCGUGUACGCGGCACGCCUGUGGGCCGCAGCCGAGGCCGAGGCCUUCCUGUCUGCCGACCCGCAGCGUCUGCUUGACACUGGCUUGCGGUUCGUACCGCGGGAUUCGCUAAUUGCGCGGCUGGUUGCCGACGUGCGCGCGUGGCACGCGCGCGACGCGCCGGAUUGGCGGCGCACACGGAGCCGCAUCGAGGUCAAGUACGGCUACGACAAGUUCCCGGGAGCGUGCCACGUCGUGCCGAACCACGCCGUCAUGGUGAUGGCGCUGCUGUACGGCGCCGGGUCGUUCGACGAGGCGCUGCACGUCACCGCCACGAGUGGCUGGGACACCGACUGCAACGCGGGCAACGUCGGCUGCCUGCUCGGCAUCAUGCACGGGAUUGCCGCCUUCUCCAGCAAGGGUGGGGGGCCGGACUGGCGCGGCCCGUUGGCUGACCGCGCGCUGCUCUCCACCGCCGACGGAGGGUACUCGGUCAACAACGCCGCGCGCCUCGCCUACGACGUCGCUAACUUGGGGCGCCGGCUGGCGGGCGUACCGGAGCCAUUCGCAGCUCCCAAGGACGGGGCGCAAUUUCACUUCACGCUGCCGGGAAGCGUGCAGGGGUUCCAGGCCUCGCGGGUGGGCGGCGAACUAGGCGCCCCAGACCCCGUCGUUCGCGUAGAACAAGAUAUCGACAAGGAGAAUAGCAACAGGCCUGGACUAGCGAUCCGGCUACAGGGCCUUGCGGACAACGGCGCCGCCGUGCACAUUGUGACGCCGACGUUUGCGCCGCCUGAAGCGCGCCGGAUGCCGUUCUAUGAGCUUUUGAGCUCGCCUCUCGUGUGUCCUGGGCAGACGAUCCGAGCCGGGGUGCGCGCGGAUGGAGCGAAUACGAGCGGCGCAUGGGUCAGCUUGAUGCUGCGGGUAUACACACCGGAGGACGAACUCGAGGAUCUCGUCGCCGACCGCGUCGUCGUCCUCGCGCCAGGCGCGUCCGAUGUCCUGGAGUGGACGGUCCCGACUAGCCUCGGCUGCCGGCCAGUCCAGGCGGUCGGGGUGGCUGUAUCCAACGGUAAUAGCUAUGAUGGCUCUGCCGAGGCUGCGGCCCGCCUCACGGGAACGAUCUGGCUGAGCUACCUCCGUUACGCUGGGACGCCCACCCUUGACCUCUCCCCGCGCGUGGAAGACGACGACAACGGCCUCCAUGACUCUUUCUUCAAGGCCUCGUUCGUCAGCAGCGCGUCGGACUUCUACUUCAUGGGGGGACGGUUCGUCGUCGCGCAGGACGGGGACGACGCCGAGGGGCUAGUGGUCUACGGCACGCGGGAGUGGACGGACUACCGCGUGGCGACGCGGCUCGUCGUCAACCUGGCCAGUGGGCCAGUCGGCGUCGUCGCGCGGGUGCGGGGUCUGAACCGGUGGUACGGGGUCCUACUUUCCCCCGACGACGGCAGUGACGGCGAUACCACGGACGGGCAUGCCUUGAGAGGAAAGAGGGUAGUCCUCGUCAAAGCGCUUGAUGAGCAGCGCAUCGAGCUGGAGGCGGCAGAUUUCGACUGGGCGCUCGACGUGCCGUACACCAUCAGCGUGGAAAUAAGCGGCGAUAUGCUACGCGCGAGGAUCGCCGCCGCCAGCGGGGACGAGGAUCAGAACCAGAUCGAGCUAUCAGCACGCGACGCACAGUAUUCUGGCGGCGGGGCCGGGCUCCUGGUGAGAGACGGCUCGAUCCUUGCUGACGGCAUACAUGUCAGUCCUCUUGAGAUAAACUUAGCUGGAUACGUGGGCAGCUGACCACCCCGAGUGUGUUUAUAACUUGUAAAGGUCUCACCGUCGUAGCAGUGAUACCCCCUUUUUAGCAAAGCUACUAUGGCUACACACAAAUGGAUCAUGCAGCGCAGAGAAGAGUACUUCCGUUAGGCAGGGUUGAGUAAAUACGGGCAGAAAACGAGAGGCUAGUUUCGUAUCCGGGGAGCCUCAAUAUAGGUAG